GAUGUGCGUGCCUCUGCAGGUACUACUGCUUCAUCACUGAGUGCGAGGACCCCAAGGCGUGCACAAUCCUGCUGCGUGGUGCCUCUAAGGAUGUGCUGCAGGAAGUGGAGCGCAAUCUACAAGAUGCCAUGUGUGUGGCACGCAACGUUAUCCUCGAACCUCGCCUUGUGCCUGGGGGCGGUGCUGUUGAGAUGGCUGUCGGGCAUCUACUUACGGAGAAGAGCAAGAACUUGACGGGAGUGCAGCAGUGGCCAUACCGUGCCCUGGCCAAGGCACUGGAAAUCAUCCCAGCCACCCUGAUCCAGAACUGUGGUGGCAACACUAUCCGCACACUCACGGCCCUGAAGGCAAAGCACGCCGCUGGUGAAGGCUCUAACUGGAGUAUUGAUGGUGAGACUGGCAACAUCGUGCCAACAGAUGAGCUCAAGGUGUGGGAGCCAUUGGUGGUGAAGCUGCAAGCGUACAAGACUGCAAUUGAGACUGCCAUUCUCCUUCUGAGGAUUGAUGACAUCGUCUCUGGCUCCAAGAAGAAGGGCAAGGGUGAUGGUGACCAGACACCAGCUCAGCCUGCACCCACAGAAGAGUCUAUGAAGGACUGAGAUCAUCAUCUUCUUUGUUGGCCAGCUCUUAUUUAAUGGUGUACACCGCAGUGUAUAAGCCUUUUUUUUUUUUUCUGCUUGUACUAAUAAAAUGGACCAAAGCAACUGCUUCGGUUUGCUUGAUA